ACGAACCGUACCGACCGGUCGACAGACAUUUGGCCAUCUCUGCUUGCGAGGGCGUCCACGCAAAACGCCACCACAAAGCCCUACUUCCCCGCUCGCAAGUAAGCGAAGCCGCCUCCGAACAGAUCUCCUCCGCCGCCGCCGCCGCCUCCCCGCGAUCCCGACCAUGGAGGGCGAUAGUACCAACCUCGAUGCGGCGAUAGAGUCGCUCCUGAACGUCGAGAAACAGAUGAGGCUGAGCGGCGAUGUCGCCGGCACGCGGAAGGCCGUCAUCGACAUCGUCGAGCUCUGCUACAAGGCCGGCGCGUGGAAGACGCUUAACGACCAGAUCGUGCUCCUCUCCAAGAGGAGGGGCCAACUUAAGCAGGCCAUUACUGCCAUGGUUCAGAAAGCAAUGGAGUACAUUGAUUUGACUCCAGACAUGGACACACGCAUUGAGCUAAUUAAAACAUUGAGCAGCGUCUCUGCUGGCAAAAUUUAUGUUGAGAUAGAGAGAGCAAGAUUGAUCAAAAGACUUGCAAAAAUCAAAGAGGAGCAGGGACAGAUUGAUGAGGCUGCUGAUUUGACGCAAGAAGUUGCUGUUGAAACAUUUGGCUCCAUGGCGAAGACAGAGAAAAUCGCUUUCAUUCUCGAGCAGGUCCGGCUAUGUCUGGAUCGUCAAGAUUAUGUUCGAGCACAAAUUUUAUCCAGGAAAAUCAGCACUAGAGUAUUUGACGCAGAUCCAUCAAAGGAAAAAAAGAAACCGAAAGAAGGUGACAAUAUUGUUCAGGAUGCUCCUGCUGAGAUACCUUCCCUCCUAGAAUUGAAGCGCAUCUACUAUGAACUGAUGAUUCGGUAUUACUCGCAUAACAAUGAUUACCUGGAAAUCUGCCGUUGUUACAAGGCAAUUUAUGAUAUUCCAUCAAUAAAAGAGGAUCCAGCAAAGUGGACACCGGUUCUUAGGAAGAUAUGUUGGUACUUGGUGUUAUCACCUCAUGAUCCAAUGCAAUCGAGCCUUCUCAACGCUACUCUAGAGGAUAAAAACCUUUCCGAGAUCCCAAAUUUCAGAUUACUGCUGAAGCAGCUGGUUACCAUGGAGGUGAUUCAGUGGACAAGUUUGUGGGAAUUCUUCAAGGAUGAAUACGAAAAUGAGAAGAAUUAUCUUGGAGGAGCUUUGGGUGCCAAAGCUGCAGAAGAUUUGAAGCUGCGGAUCAUUGAACAUAAUAUCUUGGUUGUCUCCAAGUACUAUUCAAGGAUUACACUCAAGAGGCUUGCGGAUCUUCUUUGCCUGAGUUUGCAGGAGGCAGAGAAGCAUCUUUCAGACAUGGUGAACUCAAAAUCUUUGAUUGCGAAGAUUGACAGGUCGAUGGGAGUUGUAAGCUUCCGGACAGCUCAAGACAGCAACGGUAUACUCAACUCAUGGGCCACGAAUCUUGAGAAGCUUCUUGACCUUGUUGAGAAGAGCUGCCACCAAAUACACAAGGAGACCAUGAUCCACAAAGCUGUGUUGAAAGCUUAAUGUGUAAACCAUUUUGGCGUUGGCUGGUUUGCUUUAGGUUCCCUGCUGUGGUCAAAUUUCACAAACUACAGGACACCUAGCAAUACACUGCCCAAGCGUCACCUGUUUGCUUUGGAAAUUCGUGCAGGCGUCAUCGAUCUUAAGAAGAUACUACAGCAACAGAACGAUGAAUACUAUUUAUUGUUGGGGCAUACUGUCCUCCAGUUUGCUUUACUCGUGUAUCUCCCUGAACAUUUUUUGAAUUCUUAGAUCUGCAAUCAGAUACCUGCUCUUGAAAACUA